AUGAUGACCGCGUCCACCUUGCAGGUGCACCAGAACUACCACCAGGACUCAGAGGCCGCGAUCAACCAACAAGUCAACCUGGAGCUCUACGCCUCCUAUGUUUACCUGUCCAUGUCUUACUACUUUGACCGCGAGGAUGUGGCUUUGAAGAACUUUGCUAAAUACUUUCUUCACCAAUCUCAUGACGAGAGGGAACAUGCUGAGAGACUGAUGAAGCUGCAGAACCAACGAGGUGGACGAAUCUUCCUUCAUGAUAUCAAGAAACCAGACUGUGAUGACUGGGAGAGUGGGCUGAAUGCGAUGGAGUGUGCAUUACAUUUGGAAAAAAAUGUGAAUCAGUCACUACUGGAACUGCACAAACUGGCCACUGACAAAAAUGACCCUCAUUUGUGUGACUUCAUUGAGACACAUUACCUGAAUGAGCAGGUGAAAGCCAUCAAAGAAUUGAGUGACCACGUGAUCAACUUGUGCAAGAUGCGAGCACCCGAUGUCCUUGGCAGAAUAUCUCUUUGACAAGCACACCCUGGGAGACAGUGAUAAUGAAAGCUAAGCCUCAGGCUAAUUUCCCCAUAGCUGUGGGGUGACUUCCCUGGUCACCUAGGCAGUGUAUGCAUUUUG